UCUGUCAGUGGCUGUAUUCCAUAUUUUCGGUUGGGACAGUAGCACACUGGCAGCAGUGAAAGUGAGAAAUAACUCCGUAAACUGGGAUAUUUCCGAACACGAGGACUGAUGAGCAAACAAACCCCCAUAUGAAGGGAAGCAGAAUGAAUGUGGAGACGCUCAGUAAAGCUGAACUUCUGAUGCUGCUUAGCAUUUUGGAAGGAGAACUGGAGGCACGGGAUGUAGUCAUACACACACUCAGGGCACAACAGAAAGAAGCAUUUGUACAGGAGCGAUACGGACAGUAUGACCUCCGAGACCCCUUCGUAGCACUGCUGAGGGACAGCGAGCUUUCUCAGGGUGAAGGUAAUGGAGAACAGGAUCCCGUGCGUCUGAACCCAUUGGGUGUGUUGAGGCUGGUGAUGGCCCACUGUACCAACAUGAAGGACAAAAUGAUGAAACAGCUCGCUGCGGCGGAGAGAAGACACAGGCGGGUAAUCGCUGAUUUAGAGGAAGAGAAAAGACGACGGGUGCAAGACGUGGCCGCAGGCGAUGACAUCACAGCCAUGUUAGAGAAGGAACAGGAAAGACUACUGCAGCAGCUGGAGUUGGAGAGAGCCGAAGUCAAACGUUUAGAACGUGAGCGGUCAGCCCUGACGAAUCAGGCCGAGGAAGAUUUAGCGCAGCAGCAGCAGUUAUCCUCAACACUGGCUGAGGAAUGUCAGAAGGCCACGGCGCGGGCAGAAGAGGGGAGCCAACGAGUCACGGAGCUCAGCCGUCUACUGGAACAAGAGCGCAGUACCAUUGAACGCCUAAAGGGGGAGCUGGAGAGCGAACGCAGUCACGCUCAACAGAUAGAGGCGAGAGUUGAGAAACACCUUGCUGAGUUUGAUACCGAGCGUGAGCAGAUGAGAGGAAAACUACGCAAGGAAGAAAAAAGAUAUGAAGAGCUGCAGGAGCAGCUGAACAGUUUAAAGAAAGAGCUGGAUGAGAUGAAACAAACAGCAAAGGGAAAGAGCGAUAAUGCUGGUGAGGAAAAAGUAAAAGUUUCUCCGAAAACAACUGAAGUAGAUGGCAAAACCGCUGGAUUGAAAUCUUCUCCACUGCCCAAACUAAAUGGUCACCACACGCCCAAAGAAGCGGAGUCUCCCACAGAGGAGAAGUUUAAGGAAGACAAUGGAGUGGGGCUUCCUGGAGGAGGCGGUGCCUUGCAAUGUCUCUCUCCAAGCAGCCCUGCCUCAUCCUCUCUUAGCUCAUCUCCCUGCUCAUCUCCUGUGCUGACCAAGCGUUUGGUAUCUCUGGGUUGCUCGAGCCCCACCUACCCCUCCUCCUACCAGGCCAGCAUUAACCAACGAUUCCAAGCAGCACGUCACAAGUUUCAGGCACAAGCCGAGGCAGACCAACACAUCACCGUCGUCCACUCGCCACGUGACCUCUCCCCCACCGCCUCCUCUCCCACACCUCCAGACAAUUCUUCGGCGAAGCAGAUCGCCCGCCACACCGUCACUCAGGCACUGUCCCGAUUCACAAGCCAGCAAGGGGCGAGUAAACUCCCUCCACCCAACAGCUCGCCCUUCGGAACAGAUUACCGUAAUCUGUCGGCCGCCUCCUCUCCGACAGGGAAAAGCCCAGGCAUUCUUUCACCUGGGAUCCGCUCGCCAAUCAUUCCCAGGGCAGAGAAGGUUCAUUCACCUACUGUUUCUUUUAAAAAGCAGGGGGUAAACCAAUCUCCAAACUCCCCUGUGCACGCAAGCAGGGCCAGCCACUUUCCUGAGCUCUCUGGGGGAUGCGGUCUCACCAGCGGUCAGGAGGAUGCAAAAGAGCUCGACUUGGUUAUGUCUUCAUCUAGUUAACCAGCCUGAAGCCGCACAGCCUGCCAGCCUGCUCUACUCCAUUCCCUUUAAAUGCAUCUAUAGCACUCUAUGAAAACCUUAAGGUUUAAUUCAUUUAUAUUCAGCAUAGUCACUUGGGUCGGUUUCCUGGAAGGGGUUUAGAUUAAUCCAGGAGUAGGCUGGCUUCGUUAUGUUCAGGGCUUUGAACCGGUUCACGGAACGAAAACAUAAACCAGAAACUUUUGAUGUUUUGCAAGGAACAGAAACGAAACCAGAAACUUUCAAAAAAUAUAUGUUCUGGAACAGAAUCUUUUUUUUAAAUAGUGGUAACCGGUUAAUACCGUUAUUUUUUUCGUUCGACAAGAUUUCUGUGCAAUACUCGGUGAAGUUCACUUCGGGUCGUCGUUGACUCAUCGGAGAAAUGAGAAGCUUGCCACCAGCAAGUAGAUCACUCAAGCCCAAGUCUCUAAUGCUCAAUCAUAAGAGGUAAAUAUUGUAGGCUACCAAGUAUCUCAAGAGGUUUGUUUUUUUAAUACUAAUUAGUAACCCACAGUUCGGAUCUCAUGUGAUUCGCGGAUUAAUACGCAAAUUUAAAUAGGGUGAAAGUUGAUCAUUUGCAUGUGUUUCAAAGGCUUGCAAAUGUUACCACUAAAGUGAUUUUAAACAAUUCAACCACAAAAAGGCGCUAAAGUGAGCAAUUUUCUGUACGCAGAGACACACAUGCAGUUGAAUGUGUCCGGUCCAGCUCCAAUCAAACGUGAUUAUCUCUAUGCCCUUCAAAGAUCAGAGCUCUUCAUGUAUAAACUUGAGAGAGAGUUGCGCUACUGUGUCUCAUACUGUAGUCUAUUAAAAUACAUUUUGCGAAUAAAGCACUGAAAAACUACGUAAUUUUCACUUUAUGUGGAGAGAACCGAAGCGCCGUUUGGAAUUCGUCCUCCUUCUGUGUGCGUGUGUGUGAAUGUUUAAUUGCACUCAAAAGUGCAUACACGGAGAGACGCGUUUCAAAAGCAAGCGAACAAUCUUUCUGUUCUUGACAGGACAAAUACAAACAAAAUGAUCUCGAAAUACCACAGUAUUCCUUUUCUAAUAAAAACAUUUGUUUAAGUUGUUUGCCAAUAAAUGACAUGGCAGAAAUUGUCCUUGUAUUAAUUCGUGUUUAAUGCUGAAACAAAUGUAGGCAUGUCAGAAUUACAGUUACGCCGCUUAUAUAAUGUACUCUUUUUUUAAUGUUUGAUGACAAGAUAGAGACUUAAGGAAAAAUAUGUAGACUAAUAAUUUAAGUUUAAAGGAACAGUAUGUAGGAUUGUGGCCAAAACUGGUACUGCAAUUACAAAACUUGUGGCUAAAACUGGUACUGCAAUCACACAGCUGGUGGCCAAUACACAACAUGACAACAUAAACAUCAGUUGAGGGCUGCAACUCCACUUUUUAAAUGACAAUAUCCUGGCCGGACCAGGAUAAGUAUUUGAAAUGAAGAUGAUUUCUUAAUGUCUAGUGACAUAUCAGGGCCAUUUUAUGAUUAAUUGAUAUACCUUUCUUACAUACUGUUCCUUUAAUGUCCUAAUGAUCAGCCUACUUAUUUGUAUGUCCCAUAGCUGACAUGGAACAUUAUUAACCGGUUCGGGAACUUUAUUUUUUGUUCUAACCGCUUCAGGAACGUCAAUUUUAGGGUUAAACCGGAAACGUUAAAAUACUGUUUCUGUUUGAAACUAACCAAUUGGAAAAAAAUCUGGUUCAAAAGCCCUGAUUAUAUUAGGAUCUUACAAAAAACAAUGCUGGUGUGCAUCUUGAAACAAAGCAAUGGCACUGAUAUAUGUUAAAAUAUGUCAAUACAAGGUGUUUUUAAAUUAAGGCAGCUCAAACAUACAUUUUAGGAUAAGCCCUGUCUGGGAAACCGCCCCAUAGUGUCUUGCUCAUUUGAUCCAUACUGCUGAAGUGCACUAUCAAAGGAAAGACCCCCAUUAAAACCUCUGAUAGGACAAACCUAAAUCUGAACCCCGAAAACGGGGCUCACACACCCUGACCUACCCUGUGAAAUACUACUCAUAUGGAAUAAAUUUAUUUAAAUAUUCUUUACUUUUUAUUCAUUUUAAUAUAUUUUUUAUCCUAGCUAAAAAAUUCUAUAGUUUAUUUAUCCUAAAGUUUUUUUGGCAGUCCAUUCCUGAUGUCAAGUAACCCUAAGCAUAUAAAGGAAAAUAUGUUAUGAGAUGAAAAGCAUACAGAUUUACUGAUCAAUAAAUUUUGCUACUACCGUAAUAUAAUCCAUUCUCAAUCUCAAAGUCCUGAUGAUUGUAACAGUUUAAAUCAGUUUAUAGUGAAUAUAUAAACUUCAAUCAUGAAAUGUUAGUUAAUCAUUUAGUCUUAAGUUAAAUGUAAUGCAUUUUAAGAGACUGUUAUGGAAAACCUCUGCUCAAAGUCUGCUGUAUUGUAUCAUGAUUGCAUCGCCCUCUAGUGUCGAGCUGAAGACGUGUGAUGUCAUGUUUACGUCACACAGAUACUCUGACAUAGUUAAAUGUUUGUAAACAAUAUUUCGCAUCGAAUAAGAAAAAACACUGCUAUUGUGGGUUUAAUAACUAUUAACCCAGCAUUAUAUGUAUACAUAUAUUAAAAAAUAACCGUAGUCAUAUUUUAGGUAGAACCUAUAGCUUACCCAAGUAUGUUUCAUGAUUCAUGACCAUGGUAAAAGCACAAAUAAGUGAUGUCAUUGUUUUAAUGCUUACUUGACCCAGGGACUUUUCUUACCAGUGUCUUUUCACUAGUAUUUUGUGUAGAAAUCCUGCUGUUAUAAAUACACAAUGCUGUCUUAAGUGGCUUAUAAAAGCACAAUAUAUGGGUUUUUAGGUCUUUUCCUAUAGAUUUCAACUGCUCCACUGUCAUUUCAUUUGUUUUUAAAUACCUCAGUUUCUUCUACAGUACUGCAACUCCAAGUAGCAGUUUAGAUUUCUACUGUAUCCUUUUUUUGUGUGUGUCGAAACUGAACCAAUAUUAGAUUUUAUAUUUUUGUCUGGGACUUGUAAGGACCAGUGUGCUUUUUAAACUUUUGGCUAGUUUUUCUUACCUUUUACCUGUAAUGUUGAUGUAAUUAAUUGCAUUUAUAUGAAUACACUCUUUACUCGGAGUACAUUUUAGGAGAAAUAUUAUAAGAUUCAUACAUAUUGAUGCGUCUAAUCCUGCUGUAUGAUGUGACCUCUUGACUUUUGGACAGUGUGGGAUGGUGUUAAAAUUCAACCUGAAUUUUAAUCUGAAAUAAAUCUUUACUGAUUUCACAAGGGACGAAAAAAUGACAGUCGAUUUACACAAUAAAGGCUUAACAGUAACCAAGUCA